AAAAAAUGCAUAUUUGAUUUUAAGAGUUCAUUCAACGAAAAUGUUUACCGCUCAUAUCAAGUUAUGUGAUAUCGUGAUAGUAGCUUUGGCUCGAUGUGUGAAUAUUCGGAGUUGGUGCCGAUCAUUCUCUGUAUAAACCACAGAUUUGCUUGUAAACGCCUAAAUGAAAUUUGCUGAGAAAUUAAAUGCUCAUCUCACUCCUGAAUGGAGAACUCAGUACAUUGAUUAUGAUGAACUUAAAGAACAUCUGUAUAAAUAUACACAAGUGUUGGAAUCCUUACCUUGUAACUUUUUUACAUUUAAUUACGGUUAUAUCUAUCAUUGUAGGUCUCACUGAGGAGGAAACCAAGGCUUAUUUAGACGAAUGCGACGAGGAAUUUUUUCGUCUGUGUCAGAAUGCGCUGCGAAAAAUUGAAGUAUUUUUUUCUGAGAAAAUUGCGGAGGCCAACAGAAAGUUCACCACACUUGUGGACGAGCUGGAGAAUUAUGUUGAAUCAACUCAGCACAAGUCUUCUGCUUGGAUGGUUGGUUCUAGAUCUUCUAUCUCCAGGAAGCUAACAGAGUCAUUUGUUAGAGAAGCUGAUAAGUUCAGGCCAUCAGUUCGAGAAAAUGGCUCGGUUAUUACACCUACUCAGAGCAAACUCAGUAAAAUACAGCUGGAAGAAAACUCAGAGUUGCGCCGUCGUCAAAGUCGGUCAAAAUCAUCCGACAAAACCAAGUAUGAUGCUCUGAAUUUUAAUAAGCGCAAAAAGACUUUCCGGAAACUGCAUGACCUGAAACUGGCUUUUAGUGAAUUUUAUCUCAGUCUUGUUCUGCUUCAAAAUUACCAGUCAUUGAAUUUCACGGGGUUUAGGAAGAUUCUGAAAAAGCAUGACAAGCUCUUGCGUCGAAACACUGGACUAAUUUGGCGACAACAGGUAGUCGAAUGUGCACAUUUCAAUACCAGCAGAGAGGUCGAUGAUCUCAUUACAGAAGUCGAAAAUAUAUUUACAGAGAAGUUGGAACAAGGGGACAGACAGAAAGCGAUGAAGCGUCUACGAGUGCCACCACUUACUGAAAAGUUUAAUCCUCGUAAUUUAUUUCUGUUUGGCUUAUAUGUUGGAAUUUUUCUGGCUCAGUUUACUGUUAUUGUGUUAACUGGCAUAUUUUUACGUCCACUACCUCCAUAUUACCUUCCUGCAAUACGAUUGUUUCGUGGAACAUUUCUUCUUAUUUUCUUUCUCUGUUUAUUUGGAGUUAACACUUAUGGAUGGCGUUCAUCUGGUGUAAAUAAUGUUCUUAUUUUUGAACUUGAUCCACGAACACAUUUAGAUCAUUUUGAAUUAUUACAGCUUCAAUAUACUAUUGAUUUUUCGUCGAAUGUAUACAAUUCCUCUGUUAAUCUGAAUUUGCAAGAUAUGGCUCAUUUGCUUUAG